AGUUAUCCAGCGGUCAGGUCUCCACGCGCGGUUGUUUGCGCCAUAACGCAGAGUGUGGAAAUGGAUCAGGAAACGAGUUCUUUGGACGGUUUGGAAAACGUCGGCUUCGGAGAUGAUCUGGAGCUAAACCAGUUUGAUGGUCUUCCAUACUCCACCCGGUAUUAUAACCUCCUGAAGGAGAGACAGCAGCUCCCCAUCUGGGCAUCGAGACAGGAGUUUCUGAAAGUCUUAGAAACCAAUCAGCUCGUCAUCAUCUCGUGUGCAACGAAAAGUGGCAAAAGUACACAGGUUCCGCAGUGGUGUGCAGAGUUCUGUCUGACGGCGCAGUAUCAGCAUGGUGUCGUGGUGUGUAGUCAGAUCCAGAAACAGCAGGCUGUUGAUUUGGCUCUGCGUGUAGCUGAUGAGAUGGACGUUAAUAUUGGCCAUGAGGUGGGUUACAACAUUCCACUGGAGAACUGCUGCUCCUCUGACACUAUUCUCAGGUACUGCACUGAUGAUAUCCUGCUAAGGGAGCUGAUGUCCGAUCCAUUCCUGGAGCACUAUGGUGCGGUCGUGAUUGAUCAGGCCCACGAGCGCACCGUGAGCACAGAUCUCCUGAUGGCUUUGCUUCGAGAGGUGCUCUUGCAGCGUUCAGAGCUUCGGGUAGUGCUCCUGUCCGUCAUGCCGGCCUCACACACACUCCUCACACACUUCAGUGGUGCGGCUCACCUGCACCUGGAGACACCGUGCUCGUCUGAAGUUCUCCACAGCAGCCGAGGCAGUACGGAAAGCUUCUGCGCAGCUCUGAGACUCGUCCUGGAGGUGCACAGGACCAAAGAGCCUGGAGACAUCGCUGUGUUCCUCGCCUCAGAACAGGAGGUCGACUGUGCCUGUAGACUUCUGACUAAAGAAGCAUCCAGGCUGAGCAGUAAUCUUGGAGAACUGGUGCCAGUGGCAGUGGGCCCAGGCCAUGCUGGAAUGUGUGUACAAAUCACACAGCAUGAAAAGAGAUUUAGGAGGGUCUUUUUAUCCUGCAGUCAAUUUGAAGAUAUGUUUUGGUCAGUGGAUACAGUCAAUUUCGUGAUUGACACUGGAGUCGAGAAGAGAUUUGUGUAUAACCCACGGUUAAGAGCCAGCUCUGAGGUGGUCAGACCCAUCAGUAGAUGUCGGGCUCAGAUCCGUAAACAGCUGGCUGGAUCAGAAGGAAAGUGUUUCUGCCUCUACCCCGAGGAGACGGAGCUCUGUGCUGAGAUUCCUGCACGGAUCCUCGAAGCGAACAUCACCUCGACGGCGCUCUUCCUCAAGAGGAUAGAGCUGGCUGGAAUCAGACGCUGCGAAUUCAUCAGCAGACCGGAUCCUGAAGGCCUAAUGCAAGCUUUAGAGGAGCUGGACUAUCUUGCAGCUUUGGAUGAUGAUGGAAACCUUUCCGAGAUCGGGAUCAUAAUGUCCGAGUUCCCCUUAGACCCUCAGAUGGCUAAAGCUCUGUUAGCAUCGUGCGAGUUUGAUUGUGCCAGCGAGGUGCUAACUAUUGCAGCCAUGUUAGCAGCUCCAAGUUGCUUUUUAGAGCCCCCUGUUGGCAUGGAAACAGAAGUGAUGCUGUGUCACAGGAAGUUGCAUCAUCCCGAGGGAGACCACUUUACUCUGAUUAACAUCUACAACACUUAUAAGCACAGCCAGAGAGAGCCAUAUUUCACACAGGAGCAGUGGUGUCAGGAUUACUUCCUAUGCUGCACAGCUCUACAGACUGCAGAUGCCGUAAGGGCUGAGCUGACUGACAUACUAAGGAGAUUGGAGCUCCCGAUCUCUGAGCCAGCCUUCGGCACCAAGUCCAACACCAUCAACGUCAAGCGAGCACUGAUGGCUGGGUUCUUCAUGCAGAUUGCUCGUGAUGUUGACGGCUCUGGAAACUAUUUCAUGCUGAGUAAUAAGCAUGUGGCGCAGCUUCACCAGCUUUCAGCUUAUGGGGCUAAAGCGUACAAACUUGGCCUGCCUGAGUGGGUGCUGUUUAAUGAGUUUACACUGACGAACAGCAACUGCAUCCAUACAGUCACACAAAUCUCCCCCGAGGUGUUCAUCCAAAUAGCACCGCAGUAUUUCUUCUACAACCUGCCCCCUAGUGAGUGUAAGGAGUUCCUGCAGCAUAUUCUGGAAACUGAGGUGGCUGGGAGUGAAAAGAGCAGACAGGACACGCAUCCUGUUAAUACAGACGCCCAGGAAGGACAGGAGUCACAGUCUUCUGACAGAUGUGUCAUACAGUAAAGUCAGUAUGCACACGCUGUGGUCUGGACUGGAAAGCUUGACCCGGGACAAUUAAUUAUGCCUGAUGGCGUUUCUAAAGCCCACUGCAGUCGUUGCUGUGAACAUUUAGCAAGCGGAACACCUGAUCCUUAAAAAUCGAUGGAUAACUUUUCUUAAACUUGUGGAAGACAUGCAUCUGUCUGAAUUGUACUCACAAUCAUUCACCAACACCACUUACACAUUACAAGAUCUCAGUUGAAGUUAUUGCCACAUUGAACAUACAAUCCUGACGUCACUUCAAGCCAUUUCCACAUGUUUGGGACAUUAAAGGAGUUCCUGGGAGGACAUCGUUUCAGACAUGGAUCAUGGCUCCGAUGUACUGAGGAAACUUUCUACUUAGAUGUAUCCAAGCGCUGAUGAAACACUGGGAUAAGUGCGUUAGUGAAACACUGGGAUAAGUGCGUUAGUGAAACAGGGGAUUAUUAAGAGCAAUAAAGGUUUUUUUUUUUCUCUCAGA